GUACUCCUCAAGUGGGCACUUCCACCCUGGUCUCUGCUCCACUUUUAAACCUCAUAUAGAAGGAGCACGAAGAAUAUUCGCGCUUACACGAGCUACCCAUCCAGACAUGGGAAGUUUCUGUAGAGUGGAUCUUACCUCUAAUAGGCAUGGAAGAUAGACCUCGUAUAAGAUGACAUCGCAUCCUACGCCAAGAUCUCCAUCACCUCUACAUUACUGCCAUGCUUUAAAGAGUGUCUCUUCACCUACCCCUCAUCGUACUCAUUUUCCCAAUUUUUAUUCAGAUCCAUCACUUCAUAAUGGCAGAGAACGACGCACGCCUUGCGUCAUCGCAGAUGUACGAGUCUGUCAAUUCGCUGCCCCCAGCCAAACGCUACAUUAUCACGCACAACGAAGAGGACGCUACAUCAUCCGUCCCAGCGUCCCUCCAAAACGACCAAGAUAUCUCUGCCUACACUUCCACAGAAGGAGAAUCAAGCUACACCGGUCGCAACAUCGUAGCCAAUGGAUCUGGCUCCCACCUUAUCGUCUGCGACCUCGCUCCUGGUCAAGCCAGCAUGAUGCACCGCACUGUAUCCAUCGAUUACACAAUCUGUACUCAUGGCCAUGUUCGUAUGGAGACUGAUACUGGAGAGAUGGUAGAUUUGAAACCUGGUGAUCAUAUUAUCCAGCGCGGUACCAUGCAUAAGUGGCAUAACGCGUCGGAAACUGAGUCCGCGAGGUUCAUUGCUAUCACGUUGCCUGCAGAGCCGUUUCAGAUUCCGGGUACGGGGGAGAUGUUAAUGGAGGAACAUGUCAAGGGGAGCGAGGCUAAGGAUUGGGAUGUUAGUAAGAUGUAG